AUGAUUGAAGGACGUGCAAAUGAACUACCCGAUUUUCAAGUCUUUCAGACGGUAAUAAAAUAUUGCCUAAUCAUUAUCGUUGUACCCGUACUUUCGUUCUUCUCUGCGAAAAGUGUGUUAUUCGAUGGCAUCCUACGACUGGAGCCCAUUACGAGCAGUGUAUAUUCCGCAGUAGUCGCUGUUGUAGUGCUACACGUAACGCUCGGUCUUUACAUCUACAGAGCCUAUAGUGAUUCGGAGAAAAGCGAAAGACCUAAACCGGUCAAAAAGGACUAACAACUUACAGUUGUUUUAUAUCGACUUCUUCUCAAAAUGGAUAACUUAUACAUGAAAGGUGAACUAUUACAAGUUCAUACAAAGAACAGCGAAAUACAUGAAGGCCGGUUUUACGGAAUGACUAACGAUAAAUCUAAAAUAUCUCUUUACAAUGUUAAA